AUGGACACGUCGUGGAGUAAUUUCCUCUUCCAGACCUCCUCUCAGACCCAGAACGAUGCCCCUCUUCAGUCCGAGCUGCUGCCAGACCUGGAUUCCCAGAGUCCAGAGGAGCCGCUGGCCAGUCCCCCAUCCACUGUGGACACAGCCGCCCUGAACGAGGAGCCUCCGCCCGCGAAGCCGCUGCUGAAGCCCGCUCGCCCCGCCCACAUCUGUGCCACCUGCAACAAGGAGUUUAAGAACGGGUACAACCUGCGGCGGCACCAGUCCGUGCACACGGGGGUCCGGAUGAAGGACCGGGCCGCCGCACGUGACAAAGACGAGGCUGCCAAGAAGACCCCGGUGCCCCUAUCCCUGCUGCAGCUCACCCUGCCCACCGUCCAGGGCCUGCCCACCAUCCAGGGCCUGCCCACCAUCCAGGGCCUGCCCACCGUCCAGGGCCUGCCCACCAUCCAGGGCCUGCCCACCAUCCAGGGCCUGCCCACCAUCCAGGGACUGCCCACGAUCCAGGGCCUGCCUACAGACCAGGCCACGCCCACUGUCAGCGUCACCAUGGACACGAUCUCUGUCUGCAUCGCCCCGGCAACCGCAUCCAUCGCCCCGGCGACUGUCUCCAUGGCCACGCCCUCUCAGAACAUCCAGACCGCGGUGGUGGUGGUGGGCGCCGUCGAACAGGCCCCGGCGCCACCACCCAACGCCACGCCCAUCCGGAAGAACCACGCAUGCGAGGCGUGCGGUAAGGCCUUCCGGGACGUGUACCACCUGAACCGCCACCGCCUGUCCCACUCCGACGAGAAGCCGUACUCCUGCCCCGUGUGUCAGCAGCGCUUCAAACGCAAGGACCGCAUGAGCUACCACGUCCGCUCGCACCAGGGCGGCGUGGAGAAGCCCUACGUCUGUCCGCACUGCGCCAAGGCCUUCUCCCGACCGGACCAUCUGAACAGCCACGUGAGACAAGUGCACUCCACUGAGAGGCCCUUCAAGUGCACCGUAAGCUCCUCCUCCUGUAGAGCUGACCUCCUGUAG